GGGCCAGCGGCCGCGUGGAGCAGCUGACGACCCGGCUGGUCCAGCAGGCGUCAUGGAGGGGGGGCCUGGCUCAGAGCGGUGGUCGCCUACCAGACGCACUGUCGCUCCUGGCGGACGGCGGGCACGACGACGGGCUCGGCGAGAGCGCUGGCAUGCAACUUGGCGGCGCGCGCGGCGCUGCCGCCCUGAGGCGUUUCCGAUGUCAGGUCCAGAGCAGCCCCCAGGCCUUCUCCGCCAUGGCCAGGAGGAACCGCCGGCUCAACAUGACGGGUGCCGCGAGCGAGGAGGGCAUGAGCGACUCCAUGAUCGGCUACGCCAAGGACACGCUGGCCCUCGAGGGCGCGGAGCGGAUGCUGGUGCCGGCUGCCGCCCCGAGGGCCGAGGAGGACGGAGUAAGGAGGCUGGUGGGCGGCAGCAAUUCGCUGGACGUGGGCAUCCGCUGGGGUUUUGGCCUGAUCCGCCGCCUGCGCGGGCUUCGCACAGCCUUCGGCGCCUUCGUCCGCUCCUCCAUGCACGCCGCUGGGUUCCAGGAGGUUGCGACUCCUGCUGCCGGUCUGCUGCCCUGCCCCCCGCCCUUCGGGUGGGCUGCUGGUGCCCCCCCGCGGGGCGUGGGCGCUCGCAGGCGAUGGCUUCGCACUCACGUCGAGCACAUGUGGGUCAACGCCGUCGCCCUCGCUCUCUCCCACCUGCACCUGGGCGAGUCGCGGAGCUGCCCGCCGCGCGCCCGCGCGGGGAGGCCUCUCAGUUCGUCUCAGUCCGAGAUGGCGUCCAGGCUGAGGAGGCUUGUGCGACCGAUGUGCCGGCCCCUGCAAUGGCAAGGUGGCCGCGUGGAGAAGGCCGACGCUCUGCUCGACUAUCUCCUGAAUGCGAUGCAUCUCCCCCUGGGCGCCGUGGCGCCCUCUCCUGACUCCGAGGUGAUGACCAUCGACCCGAGCAAGGCUCCCUUCGCCAAGGCCGAGUGUCACUUCGACCCCCUGGCGUUCCUGGCCCCGUUUUCCGCCGCCACGCUCUUAGAGCCUCGGCUGCUGGCGCGGGAUGGGCCGGGCGCCGGCCCUCUGGCGCGCGCGGCCGGGCCCCCGACCCGACCCCCUCCUGCGAGGCCGGCCCGCCAGGCGGGCAAGCCUGGCGACCUCCUCCAGUACCUGAAGCAGUGGGAUGACGUGGGGCGACUGGAGCUGGUCGACGCGGCCGACUCCCCGCAGGCCCUGCGAGGUACCCGAUUCCCCGUGUUCAAGGACGCCCACACGCAGAGGGUUGUCUUCAAUCGCAUCGCUCGCAACUCGGCGGAGUUGCCGCUGGGCGGCUUCUCCAGACUGACCCCGAGCGCCGCUACGCUGGUGGACCUGGAGGUGCCGGCUGGCUCUGUCUUGCGCGUCUGGGCGGGCGACCCACAGGACUUCUAUCCCGCCUUUGACUGCAUUUACGACAUGGCCCGCACCAACGACGUGGGUCGCGAGCUCCCCGAGAAAACCUGCCAUGGCGGCCUGAUCAUGGGAGGACUGAACGCUCCCGACUGGGCGUGCGAGUCCCACAUGCGGCUGCUCGCCCACGCCGGCAGCUUCCCUCCAGAACGGCGGGUGCUGAACCGCCACCUCGCCCCCGAGGGGUCGGCCUGGGAGGGCGUCGUGCUGGACGACCACUUCGGCCUGGCGGUCGACGCUCCAGGCUCGCGGGAAGCUCGGCGAGCUAUCGAGGAGUCUUUCGCCCGUGCGCGCGAGGGCUAUGCCAAGGCUGGCCUCAGGGUCAGCGCGGGCAAGGAGGUGAAGGACGCGGCGGAGGCGACGGUCAUCGGGGCAGAGCUCCUGGGCCACGACCGGCUCGUCGGCGCCUCGCGCGCCCGCAGGCUGGCGCUGGCCUGGGUGGGCCUGUCCAUGGCCCGAGGCCGACGCUCCAUUACGCUCGGGCUGCAGAGGUUCCUUGGCAUGGGGCUUUUUACCGCGCUGUUCCGGCGGCCGACCCAGUCGCUCCUCCACUACUGCUACAAGGAGGUCGACGUCGGCCGUGACCCGCACGAGGUGUUCGACUUGAGCAGCGCGACCUGCAACGAGUGCGCCCUGUUCGCGGUUCUCCUCCCGCUGAUGGCCACCGACCUCUCCGCAGGCUGGGGGCCCCACGUUCUGGCCUCGGACGCCUCGCACCUGGCCGGGGCGUCCGUCAAGACGCCUGCCUCAGCGCCCACCGCCAGAGCUUUUUGGCGUCAACGCGAGCAGCGAGGCGCCCGUACGUGCCUCUACCCCUCAGGCUGGGCUGCCCUUGCCAACCCCGAGGACGGCGCCGUCCUGCAAGACCUGGAGGAGGAUGCCGCCCCUCCCCCUGGCGCCGUCGACCCGACGGCCUCGCUGAUCGAGUACUUCGACGUGCUGGAGCUCUGCUGCGGGGAGGAGGCCCGUCUCAUGGGCAACCUCGCGGACCGGGGCCUGCGUGCGGGCCCGAGGAUAGACAUCAAGUGCCACAAAUACUGGGACCUGGUCGACUCACGCUUGGCGGAGUGGGUAGUAUGGCUGAUCUGGCAGAGGCGCGUCAAGAUGACUAUAUCACAGGUUCCAUGCACCAGCUUCUCCAUCGCGAGGCACCCGAGGCUCAGGUCCAGGGCGCGGCCCUGGGGUUUCGACCCAUCUUCGACUCCGACGCGUCUGGGGAACGUCUUCUUCAGGGUGGGCAUGCUGGCGCUGUUCGCCCACCUUCUCUCGGGCCACGGCACCGGCUUGCACGAGCACCCCCUGACGGCCUACUCCUGGCACGCGCGCAUCGUCGAGUUCCUGCUGACGCACGAGGCCGUAGAGCGCUUCGACCUCUCGAUGUGCCAGUUCGGUGCGCCCUGGAAGAAGGACACGAGCCUCCUGGUCGUGCGGGGCUCCUGGCUGGCGCCUAUGGCGAGGCGCUGUCGCGGAGGGCACAAGCACACGGUCUUAGAGGGCGGCCUGACUCCCAAAGCCGCGCUCUACCCGCACGGCUUCUGCGACGAGCUGUCUAAGCUGAUCGCCAACAACCUGGACGGGCCGACUCCGCCGCCACCGGCGGAGAGCUCGGCGCCCGCUGGAGCGUUCGAGGCCCUCUGGCUGAACGACUACGUUGGCUUCGCUCCCUGGCAGCUGCAUUGCCAUCGCCUUUUCCGCAAGCCCCUCCACAUCAACUUGCUGGAGAUCGACGCGGCCUGCGACGCGGUGGACGAGCAGGGCCUACGGUUCCCCGAUUGCAAGCACAACCUCCUCCUGGACCCCCGCGUUUCGAUCGGGGCCAUCAGCAAGGGCCGCUCCUCAUCGACUGCGAUCGACAAGCUCUUGAGAAGGAGGGCCCCGUUGCAGCUGGCCACGGGCUCGCGCAUCGGAUGCCACUUCGCGCCGACGCGAUUGCAGCCAGCCGACGUCCCGUCGCGCACGCUCCGCGACCCGGCGCGCGCUCUGGCCCGCGGGGCCGAGGCUCCGCCUCCCGCUCCGUGCUGGCUGGCCAACCUCGAGGCUGGGGACGCCUCAGCCUUCCGCGCUUGGGCUGCGCUCCCGCUGCAGCGCCGGCAGCAGUCUCGGUGGGCUUGGUUGGUGGCGUGCCUCUGGUGGCGUGGGCUCUUGCGGCUCGCCCCUCGACCGCGGGUGCGCGACCCCGCGCUGGGCUUCCCGGGCGAGGGCCCGCGCGGCGGAGCCCCGGCACUGGCCUCCCGCGCCGCUGCAGCCGGGCCGGCGCAGCCGCGGGCCCGCCUGGUCGGGCUCUUGGCGCUGCUGCUGCGGCGGGGCCCUGCGGCCGCGCCGCGCCCGCCGACCUCCCGCCCCGCGGGGGCGGACCUGGCGGCCGCGCGCGGCCUGACGCCAGGGGUCCAGACGCGCCGUGCUGCCCUCGUCUCGCAGCUCCAGCACUGGAUGGCGGACGCAAAUCGUGCCCUCCGAUACCGACUCGACGCGUCGUGGGACAUCUCCUUCGCGCGGGAGCACCUGGCGCCUGGCUCGAACCACCAGGCGAGGCCGGAG